AUGAAGAAGCAAAGAUAUAAUGAAGCCCUAGAAGACUACAUAAGAAAAACAGAAUGUGAAAGAGCUGACCGUGGUAUAGUAAGUAAAAUUGAUAGAAAAUUAAGGAAAUUGGAAAAAUCGCCCAUAACAUCAAUCUUCCCCUUCCUGAAAGGAGCUCAUAUCACCAGCCCAAGUGUACCCAGGUUGUUUUGGUUUGCGAAAACGCAUAAAAACAACAACGAAAUUAGGCCAGUUGUAGAGAAAUGUAAAGGACCCACUUAUAAGCUGGAAAAACGUAUGCAUAAGUACUUGUCGGAGCUGAUUGAAGACUACCAAUUUGUCACAAAAAACACGUUUAACUUGAUAAAUGAUCUGCAUGAGCUAUCGUUAAUGGAUAACGAAGUUGGAUCUGUUAUGGACUUCGAAAGCAUGUAUCCAUCGAUAAAUCUGGCUUUGUGUUUUGAUGCACUGUUAAACCUAUUAUGUGAGUUGCACCCGAAUGCAUCCAAGUAUCGCAAGAACCUUGAGAUGAUGGCAGAUUUUGUAUGCUUUCAAUCAUUUUUUGGUUUCGAAGGUAAAAUUUUUAAACAGUUAAAGGGAGUCCCGAUGGGCAGCCCAAUGUCUGGCCUGCUCUGUGAGUUGGUUGUAAGAAAAAUGGAGCACAGUACAAUUAUCAACUUUAACGAAGACAUAAUCUUAUACAAAAUAUACGUUGAUGAUGUGCUUAUUAUAUGGAAGAACGACACAAAGAUAGAGCAAUUUUUGAGCCAAAUGAAUUCCAACCAGCAUGGUUUAAAACUGAACCUGGAACAGAUUAGUAGCAACGUGUUACAUUUCUUGGACAUUAACAUCAAAUUUCAGAACGGAUCACUGUGCACAAAUGUGUAUAUCAAGCCUACUCAUGAUCCGAUAUAUAUACCAUCAACAUCUAAUGAUCCAAUUGCAUACAAACUCUCUGCCUUUAGGGCUCUAAUCAGAAGAGCGUUUCUGUAUUGCUCUAACAUGAUGGACACGAUAGAAGAGCUGAAUAAAAGUAAAGAAGUGGCGAAAGUGUUGGGAUUUGGAACAAGAUCUGUAAAAUACCUAAUUACCGCAUACAACGAUUCUAGAAAGGGCAAGAAGAAAAAACCGGAUGGAAGCAGUAACAUCACAAAAUUCACAUAUAAUAAACGUCUAUCUCCGGUUAUGAAAGAAAUUACCAACUACAAAAACACCAAUAUUGUAUACAAAAGAGCUCCCACCUUAUAUACGUCGCUAAGAAAUGACAAAGAAAAAAUUAAUGAAAAAGAACAACCAGGAGUGUAUGCAAUACCGUAG